UUUCUGUGUACGUUGUGUAAGCGGGACAUUCAGUUCUUUGUUGUGGCUAGUUAGCUGCUAAAAUCGAAAGACAUUUCGUCCCACUAGCUGCCUGGCAUCCGUAAAAGGUUCUAUAAUUGUCCCAAGCAAAGAUUGAUAAUUUCAUCCUUGGGGUAAACUAGAAUGGAUAAAGAAGAGAUUGUUAGAAAUGCAUUGUCAGAAUUCUUACAAAGUAACUCAGGAGCUACCUCAAUCAGCACAAUUGAUGACAUUGUUUUAAGUUAUUUAGUUAGUGUUUUAGAAGAUUUAGACACAGAAGAUGAAUUUGAUGUUGAUGAGUUCACUGAGAUGAUGGAAGCAUACAUUCCAGGGUUUGCAGAUAUCAACAGUGCUCAAAUCUGUGAGUGGAUGUUUGAACUUGCAGAAAAACUAUCAGGGCACAAUGAGAAAGAGAAUACUCCUCCAAGUACUGAGGCGCAAAGGUUUAAUCAUAAAGAAAUUCCUGAUGCAAGUACCUCAACAGAAUGCAGUGGAACACUUCAAGAGCAAAAUACCUCACUAGAAAACACAGCUGACUGUGAGAGCACAUUACACACUAAAUCAUUUACAUGUAUACAGGUUCCAGACACCCCUGAUGAUGCAAUAAGGAUUUUACUAGAAAUGUUCCCAGCAUGCACCACUAUUGAAGCACAGCAUUGUUUAUCUGUAACCCAUGGCAACACAGAUGAUGCAGCUCAGCUCAUCUUACACAGACAAGAAGCAGGAGAUGAUGAUGACACAAUUACCAUGACAAGACAGGAGCAUCAACCGGGAAGAAAAUGUCAACAAGUUGAAAAAGAUGAUAAACAAGUAAAAGAUUCAAUUUUAAAAUAUGCUUAUAUUGGAUGUGAUGAAGAUGAUAGAGAGCAUAACCCAGCACAACCUAAGUGGGAGGGUAAAAAAAUGGUACGUUACCGGGACAACCAAGUUGUAAGUACAAAGGGUGAGCGGUUCCACGAUGUGAAGAAGAAUGAUACUGAUGAGAUGAAGAAAACUUAUAUCAACUUAAAACCAGCACGACAGUACAGAUUCCAUUGACUACUUUCAGUAAAUAACUUUUCACCUAGUCCGGCACGGCAGUACAGAUUCCAU